AUGUCGGUUGUUGGCAUGAAAUAUAGCUUAAUCCCGAAGGAGAACCGGGUUGCUAUUUACGAAUAUUUAAUAAAAGAGGGGGUUCUUGUUGUUCAGAAGAAUCCGAAGAUUCCUGCUCACCCUGAGAUCAGUGUUCCUAAUCUUCAUGUUCUAAUGACUAUGAGGUCUCUGAAGUCGAAGAAUUACGUUGAAGAGAACUGCAAUUGGCAGCAUUUGUACUUUACUUUAACUGAUCAGGGGAUUGAGUUUCUUCGAAGUUAUCUUCACCUUCCUCCCACCGUCUUCCCUUCCACCUUGACGAAAAAGCAAUCUUCUCGUGUAGCUCUUAAAGAAGAAGUUGUCUAA